CCACGCCGCUCCUGUCCCUCCGGGGCGGAGCAGGGACAGGGAGGCAGCGGGGCCGAGCGGGGCCGUCGCCUCAGAGCCGUCCGGCGACGGCAGCGGGAUGUCGCGGGGGCCGCCGGUCGCGGGGCACCCCAACGACCUGCCCGACCACGCUCCGCGGGUGCGCAGCGCCAUCGCCGAGCUGCGGCAGCGGGCGGAGGCAGAGCCCGGGCAGCGCUGGCCGCAGCCCCUCUCCGACUCCUUCCUGGUGAGGUUCCUGCGCGCCCGAGACUUCCACCUGGACCUGGCUUGGAGGUUAUUGAAGAAUUACCAGAAGUGGAGAAUUGAAUGCCCAGAAAUAAGUGGAGAUUUAAACCCGUCUUCUGUUCUUGGUCUUCUGCAAGCUGGUUAUCACGGACUCCUGAGAUCAAGGGACCCACAUGGAAGCAGAGUUCUAAUAUACAGAAUUGGACAAUGGGAUCCCAGUUUAUUUACGGCAUACGAUGUGUUUCGUGUAAGUCUUAUCACAUCUGAACUCAUUGUAAAGGAGAUUGAGACUCAGCGGAAUGGAGUCAAGGCAAUCUUCGAUCUGCAAGGGUGGCGAUUUGCUCAUGCAUUUCAAAUCAGCCCAGCAGUGGCCAAGAAAAUUGCUGCUGUGCUCACAGAUUCCUUUCCUCUAAAAGUUCGAGGUAUCCACUUCAUUAAUGAGCCUUUAUUCUUCCACCCGGUCUACGCUCUAAUUAAGCCUUUUCUCACUGAAAAAAUAAAACAACGGGUGUAUAUGCAUGGAAGUAACUACAUGCAGAGUCUGACCGAACAUUUCCCAGUCAGCAUUCUCCCACAGGAAUAUGGGGGGGAAGAAGUCUCCAUUGAAGAGCUCGCCAAGGAAUGGACUGAUUUCAUAAUGGCAUCUGCAGAUUAUCUUCAUAGCAUUUCUUUGGUUGCACAGGAAUAACCUUACUACAAUAUUAUAUCAAUUCUUGAACACUGGAAGUGGGAUUAAGUGUAAUAUGAAAUCUUUCAUGUAAACUUGAAAUCACUGUAAAUGAAACCAGUAUAUCUUUGCAGGGUGCUGAGUAUUAAUUGACUGCACUUUUGUACUGACUGGAGUCUAUCAGUAUGUACGUCUAAAGAGAUUUAUGGAUUCUGUAUGUUUCCAAUACUGUUUGUAAUUGAUUAACUGCUAAAAGCUGACUAGUGUGUUGGAUAUCAAAGACUGGUACUGCUUCUGUUAAGUCUUUGGAGACAACUCAUCUGUAAUAACGCAGUCCAGAACCUUAUGCUUAGCUCUUGUAUCUUGGUUUGUCAUGAUGAUAGGAUACAAAAAAGAACCAAAUGUGAACCAGGCAGACUAGUUAGCUGUGGAAAUAAGACUACAGGUCUCAUUUACAAAGAGUGAAAAGAGGCUGCUUCUUGGACUGAUUCUCAGGGAAAAUGGCUGCUUUGUUAGUUUGUGUCAAAUUGAAAAUUAGUCAGCAACAGUGAAACAUUUGUGCUAAUCUUGGUGCUGCUUGUGCAAUUCCCUUUUUGUGUUAACACAGUAAUUACCCAAUUUUAUAGAGAAAGAUAGGGAAAACACACCCCCAUGUAGCUAUUCUUCCAAGGACAGUAUGGAUCAAGAGAAGGAACUGGUGAGAGAGUCAACAACCUUGAAAACUCUGGUAUAUUUCUUCCCAGAACUACUGUCUAUAGACAAGCUAUAUGCAGCUCAGAUUAUGAUCACCUUUAAUUCCUACUGUGGACCACUGCAGAGGUCAAGAGCAAUUAGAUGUUUGCAGUAUCUAUUUGUUUUAGAGGGUGAAGUAGAUUAUCUUUUGUAGGUCUGAACUUUAGAAGUAUUUCUUCUGUGGGUUAAGGGCGCUUGCAGGUCACUUUGGACCUCAGUGUAUGAGAUGCUGGAUAUCUUCGCUUUAUUUUCAGAAAAGUAAUUGGCAGCUCACCAGUCUAUAUCUUCUGUUGGGCACUGGAAGAAACUAUUUUUAAUUUCUGUUGAGCCCUCUUCUGUAGGGGUAAUGAAAAAAAAAUCUGUCUUUACUUACUGAAAACGGAUUUUUUUUUAAGGGACAUGAUUCAAAUGUGAACAUUGUAUGCGUAGAAGCUAUCAUGUUACGUAGAAGCAUCAUGCUGCAAUCCCCAGUAUUCAAUAACAUAAAACAUUGUUUUACUUUUAGUUCAGGUUUUUGUUAAAAACUCUGUAAUGCACCAACUGCUAGAGUUUGUUUACCCAAUUUUUAGCUCUCCUGUAAUAACCCAAGGGGUCUUUGCAUUAGUAUUAUACAUUUAAACAUUCCAUAUGAAUUUUCAUAUAAAUGAAUCCAUAACAAUUACCUUGUUUCUCAGGUAGCUAGAAAUGCUAACUUUAGUUAUUGUGGAAUCUUUAGGACAUUGGGAUGUUAUAAUAAUAUAUGCUUCGGGGAGAGAAAUGAGAUUAUCCUAUUAAGUCAGAGAUGUCUUAUUUUAGAUUAUGAUUAAUACUGCAUUAUUGCAGAAGCCAUUGCAGGCUAACAAAGAAUAGCAAGAGGAACAACUUUGAAAGGCUGAUAGAUUACUUGCUGGUUGUAGUUUCUUCUGUUGUGUUAAGGCCAAUGCCAGAUAAAAAGUCCUUUCCAGACUCACAAGGACUUCUUAAAGUUGUUGUGGUGGGGGUUUGUUUGUUUGUUUGUUUUCUUUUGUUUUUCUUCCAGCUCCCUCAUUUUCUCAAGUGCAUUUUUUAUUCUUUCAGAACAUCUUUGAUACAGAGCUUAAAUUUGAAGAAACAUUUUUCAGAUAGAUUUUCAUACAUUCAUAUCUUUCUUAUAGCUUUCUUUUUCUCAGAUUGAACUAUUUUGUGAUAUAAAAGCUCCUUAAAUAGAGGAGUUCAGUGAAGUGCUAAUUCUUCUUUAUAAGAAAAUAAACUAAGUAGUCAGGCAUCUGGCAGUUCCUCAAGUGUGUAAAUCAGGUUCUAAAUCAUUUACGAACUGAAGAACUGAAAAGCUAUUGUCUUAAUUUUAUGCUCCUUUGAUUUUAAUCCUGGAAUGUAAACUACAUAAAAGAAUGAACUGUGUUUCAGUGAAAGGGAGAACUCAAACUCUUCCUAUGAACCCAAUCUCUAAUCAUUGCUGGUUUAUGUAGCAGACUUAAUUUGAUUGUAUAUGCAUAUUCACACAGGCUAAAUUUACUUGUUUUUUUAAUCUUCAUUUGGACUACACCAACUCUAUAAAUAUAAUGUCCUAAAUGUCUUCAAAAAGAUUCUGAAUCUAUUAUUAAAUGGUAACCUGUUGGCAUAAGACAGCAGGUAGAGCAGGAGUGCAGUUAUUUUGUCAUAGACUAUUAAUUAUUUUUUAAUCUUUACGUGUUAUAAAGAAGGUAGGGACUUUAUCUAAGGGACAAUUGCAGUUGCUGCUGAUAAUGAGAGAAAAUAAUUAGGACAUUUGCAUAAUGAAUGGAAGAGGUAUGGGCCUUGAGCUGCAGAGUCAGCAAAGUACAACAGUAAAAAUCUCCAAGUGCAUUAUUCAUCUCUAAGAAAAACAGGAGUGCCUCUAAAAAAAGCAAGCUGCUGUUAAAUGAUGCAAAUAUAAUUUACUACUGACUAUGCACAGUGCAAUGCAGAACGUUUUUCAUUUUUUUACGUAUUAAUAUCAUUAUAUUAAUAAACCUUUUCUAGUCGAA